GUGAGCUCAGUCUAUACAUACUACUAUAACAAUUAAGUAAAUUUUUUAAAGUCUUCAAAGAAGUCAAUAAAUUCAUCAAAUCAUUUAUCCAAAAAUAAUGUCGGCGCAAAAUCAAAUGGUAAUACUCCACAUACUUCUACUGUAAAACCCUUUACUCCGGAAGAACAAAAACUUGCUAAUGAAAUUGAAUCUCGAAUCGACGCAAAUAUUCUCAAAAUUGAAAAUUGUCAUUUAAAUACUACAGAAUUGGCUCUUCAAUGUACUCGAGUAAUGCGUGAAUAUGGUAUUGGGCAACGCUUAUUUGCACGUACUGUUAUGUGUAAGGUAUCGCAGUCGCAAGGUUCGCUAAGCGAACUUCUUUCCAAACCAAGACCUUGGAACAAAUUGACAGAUAAAGGACGCGAUUCCUUUCGUCGAAUUUAUGGAUGGAUAUCUGACGAUAUCGUUAUUGACUUACUCUGCCAAUUAAAUCAUCGUAAAGGUGCUUGUCCAGAUAAGGUGAUCCAUCCAGACCCACAAACCUUCAUUGCAUCACCAGAGGAUAAUUUGGACGGAGAAACAACAACAGCAAUUUUUGAGCCUCCAACAUUAGUCGACAAAAAAGUAUCUCUACGACAAGUUAAUCCAAUCCAACCUCCAAACAACUCAAUUUUAAGGGAUAUUAAAACAGAAAUAAUGCCAUUAUCUCCAGAUUAUUUACAAUAUAAAAAUAAUACAAAAAAUUUAAAAAUGGAAGCAGUAAAUGAAGGAACUGAAAGAGGAGGAGGGGAAAGAGGAGGAGGACGGUGGAGACACGAUGAUAUUCCAAAGGAGAAGAUUAUUGGAAUUUUGGAAGCUGAAAAGGCUAAAAUACUGGAACAAGAAUCUAAUAAUUAUUUAAAUAGAGAAUUGGGGUUAUCUUCAGUUAAAAAUGGGGAUUUGGUAACAACAACAACACAUAAUUCUAGAAGAGGAAAAAGUGUUGGUAAUGUGGAUAGUGAAUAUUCGGUUUCGAAUAAGACUCGUCGUUCAAAAGAUACACUUUCUGAUCAUCAACAACGACCCUCAAAAUCAUUAUCCCCUUCUCGUAACUUUUUUGAUCCUCCAUUUGCCCCAACACAAUCACAAAUCGACAAAUAUUCUUCCCUUCAACUCGAUAUAGAAGAUAUUGCUCGACGUAUGCGAGAAUUUAUGUCCAAGAAUGCAAUAAGUCAAAGUCAGAUUGGUGAUAAUGUUGUUGGGUUAUCACAGGCAAGCUUGUUGAUUUUAAUAAAAUUGGCCCUCGUUAUAAGAUUCGUCCAUGUGGAUGGAAAAAUAGUAUCUUAAUGACCUGUAUCUUAAAUUGGAGAUAUCGCUUAGGCUCCCUCAUUUAUGGCCAAAUUAAUUUUAAAAAAGGUUUCUUAAAUUCGUUUGGAAGAAUGUGGGUUGGGGCUUCAAAGUAUUUUUUAGAUCGGGUUUAGGGUUGAGAAAAAAGUUUCGAGUUUGGGUAUCGUUAUUAACACGGAGACAUCUUUGGUCCCUUUGUUUAUAUUCUCUGGGUUCACUGUGAAGUUGCCUUCAUAUAAUUACUUUAAAAAAUACUUUAGGGAUCAGUCUCAG